ACUAGUGUCGACAGAACGCAAGGCGCUUUUGUUGUUCCUUCGAUUAAAUAGAAGUCGGGGAAAUCAUAUCUACUUGGUAGCUAACGUUAGCGAUUUAUUGUGGUAAAUUAGCCAGAACACUUUGGACGAUCCAAAGCCGUUUGAUAUGAAGUGAAAUUAACUUGGUUCGUGGAUCAUCGACGCUCGGGUUACUUAACGAAAGCUAGCUAGGAGUUGUGUUGAGAUUGGAAGCGGAAAGGGAAAGAAGGAAAAAUCCGUGGUGGGAGUGGGAUGCCUUGCGCAAAUUGGAAGAAAGACUUGCCCGAUGUUAUGCGACAAAUGGGUUUUCCGACUCGUGAAAGCGGGGCGUUAUUUUAUUAAUAUCAAGUUAUAGGAAUCGGUUGUUGGUGAGACAUAUUUCAUAAUUAUCAGAAGCGAGCCACGUAACUAGCUACAGUACAGUAGGUAUUGAUAGUUAGCUAGACUUUUAAAAUGGCGGAAGCCUGGCCCAGACCCCCGGCCCUCUUUUUGUUGUUGAGUUUGAGUGCCUGCUGGGAAGUGGAUUCCUGCCCUGCUCCAUGCUCUUGUACGAGGGGAUCAGACGAAAUCCAAAUCCUGGAUUGCAAUAGGAAAAGGUUGUCCGUGGCCCCCCUGGAUCCACCUCACGGGAUUACUCAUCUCACUAUGAAUCACAAUGAUCUGACAACUGUUCCAUACCUUGGAGAAGUUACCUCAAACAUCACAACACUCUUAUUGGUCCACAACCUGAUCUCAGAACUGUCGAUGCAUCAGCUGCAGCCAUACAUCUACUUGGAGACACUUGACCUGUCAUCUAACUCUAUCUCAGAGAUCAAGGCUGGAGCCUUCCCACCAAUGCAGCUGAAAUACUUGAAUUUAAGCAAUAACAAGAUCAGUAUCCUUGAACCUGGCUGCUUUGACAACAUUUCCAACUCCCUGCUGGUCCUGAAGCUGAACAGGAACAGAAUAACAAUGCUGCCGUACAAAGUAUUCAGGCUUCCCCAGCUGCAGUUUCUGGAAUUAAAGCGCAACAAGAUCAAGAUAGUGGACAGCCUGACCUUCAAAGGGAUGGACUUACUGAAAUCACUGAAGAUGCAGCGGAAUGGCAUAACUAAGCUGAUGGACGGUGCUUUCUUUGGGCUGAACAACAUGGAGGAGCUAGAGCUGGAGCACAACAACUUGACGGAGGUCAACAAAGGCUGGCUGUAUGGCCUGCGCAUGCUGCGUGUCCUGCGGAUCAGCCAGAACGCCAUCGGCAUCAUCCGACCAGACGCCUGGGAGUUCUGCCAAAAUCUGGAGGAACUGGAUCUGUCCUUCAACCACCUGACCCGGCUGGAGGAGACGGCGUUCAGUGGACUGGGUCUUCUGGAGAACCUGAACCUGGGAGAUAACUCGGUCAGUCACCUGGGAGAGGGAGUCUUCAGCAGCUUGGCCAAUCUGCACUCACUAGACAUACGGAAUAAUGAGAUCUCUUGGGCCAUUGAGGACUCCAUUGGUGUGUUUGUUGGAAUGAAGAAGCUGAACACAUUGAUUCUCCAGCGGAACAAGAUCAAAUCUAUCACAAAGAAGGCCUUUGAGGGUCUGGAGGAACUAGAGCACCUAGACCUGAGCAAGAAUGGGAUCAUGUCCAUCCACCCUGAUUCUUUGUCUCACAUGAAGCUGAAAGUCUUUUUCCUGAACACUAGCAGCCUGCUGUGUGACUGCCAGCUGCAGUGGCUGGGCCCGUGGUUGACUGACAACCACUUCCUGCAGUCUGUCUCAGCUAUGUGUGCCCACCCUGCCAGCCUGCUGGGCCGCAACGUCCUGUCUGUCAGCCUGGAGGAGCUCGUCUGUGAUUACUUCCCGAAGCCCCGGAUCACUGAGCACCCUGAGACUGCCACCGCCCUGCGUGGGACCAACGUGACUCUGAGCUGCCUGGCGUCCAGCAGCAGUGACUCCCCCAUGACCACGGCCUGGAGGAAGGACGGGGAGGUGCUGUACGAGGCAGAGAUGCAGAACUACGCCCGCUACCAGGAGGGAGAGUUGGUCUACACCACCGUGCUGCACCUGCUCAACGUCAACUUCACAGACGAGGGACGCUACCAGUGUGUAGUCUCCAACCAUUUUGGUGCCAACUACUCCAACCGGGCCAAGCUCACAGUCAAUGAGCUACCGUCCUUCCUGAAGAUACCCAUGGAUCUGACCAUCCGUACAGGCACCAUGGCCAGACUGGAGUGUGCCGCCGAGGGCCACCCCUCACCCCAGAUUGCCUGGCAGAAAGACGGGGGCACAGACUUCCCUGCUGCCCGGGAGAGGAGGAUGCACGUAAUGCCUGACGAUGACAUCUUCUUCAUUGCCAAUGUAAAGACUGAGGACAUGGGGGUGUACAGCUGCACAGCCCAGAAUGCUGCAGGAAGCCUGUCAGCCAACGCUACACUCACUGUGCUAGAAACGCCGUCAUUAAUGCGUCCUCUGGAGGACAGGAUGGUAGCUCGUGGGGAGACGGCGGUGCUCCAGUGUAUAGCAGGAGGCAGCCCUGCGCCCCGUCUCAACUGGACCAAGGAUGACGGGCCCCUGGUCCUCACAGAGCGUCACUUCUUUGCUGCCGCCAACCAGCUACUCAUCAUUGUGGAUGCGGGGCCGGCGGACACCGGGAAGUACACAUGCAUCAUGUCCAACACGCUGGGCACUGAACGCGGCCACAUCUACCUCAGCGUGUCGCCAUCGCCCAACUGUGACACGGCCGGUGGCCUCGACCAGGACGGCUGGACCACGGUGGGCAUCGUGGUGAUCGUGGUGGUCUGCUGCGUGGUGGGCACCUCGCUGGUCUGGGUCUUCGUCAUCUACCACAUGCGACGGAAGAGCGAGGACUACAGUAUAACCAACACAGAUGAGCUGAACCUGCCGGCGGACAUCCCCAGCUACCUGUCCUCUCAGCGCACGCUGUCGGAGCCUCAGGAGGGAUACAGCAACUCUGAAGCAGGGAGCCACCAGCAGCUCAUGCCACCACUGUCCAAUGGCUAUGUCCACAAGGGCACUGACGGUGUGUGUUAUGGUGACACAGGCAGCGAGGUGGACACCGAGGCCAACGGGAUGCUACACUGCCACGUGGGCUCUCUGUUUACGGGACGGAGCAGCUUCCAUCCUGGGGAGCCCCGCGAGGGACUGGCUGGGGUGCCUACAGGUGGUGCAGGGCCGCUGGUCAUCUGCUCGGACUGCUACGACAACGCUAACAUCUACUCUCGAACCCGGGAGUACUGCCCCUACGCCUACCUGGCCGAGGAUGACCCCCUGGACAAGGAUCUCUCUGGCAUCAUGACCCACCUCCCCAAGGAGCCCUACAGGGAGCAGCACGCCCAGCAUGAGGACACAGCCCUGGAGAGCCUCAUCAACAACCAGGACUCCUCAGUCUUCCUCACCAGCCACGACCUUACCAAGAGGCUGAGCACAGCCCUCAGCCCCCCAGAACAACACUACAGCACCGAUGUUCCCUCCAGGUCGUUUUGGGGCAAAGGAGAGGACUUGUCUACAGUGCCCCAACCAGGUCUGUCUCAGCAGCCUGUGAAUGUGCACAAGACUCCCCACGUGUCUUCAGUUGGUGUGGGAGGAGAGGAGAGGAGUGGAGAGGGGGAUGCCUCCCUUUCCCAGAGCACACAGGACCACAGAAGUGCCUCUUAUAGGACUAAGCCUCAAGAGCACACCCACUCCCCCACAUAAAGCCAGGCCCCUCCCCUAUACACCUGGCCAUCCUCUUCUCCAGCCACUACCUCCAAAGAGACGUAUCACUUUCUGCCAAAAAUGUUUUCUUGUAUGUUUACAUUACUUUCAAUCACUCAGAGACGAUUUGUUCCUACGAAUUUGAAAAAGGACUGAACAGGUGACAAAUAGAGGCAGUCGUACCGACAGUUACUCAUGUUUUUGUUUUAUGAAAGCGCACUGUCAAAGCGAAUAACAUAUUUGGUAUUGCACAUUUGACAAUCAUGGUUUCGGUGGCCUCUGAUGGUUCUUUCAGAUGGUUUUCAACAGGCAUUCUCAGUAACACUCCAUCAGGGAACCGUAGGGUUUCUAGUCACCUAUAUGCACUGAUAAUAUUUUCCUCAAUCUUAUUUUACAGGCACUUACCUCUUAUGGUGGUAUGUUUUAUUAUGCAGUGUGCAUGCCAUUUCAGAUUCCUAGAAUUAUAAUAUGCCUUUACCACCAAUUUCAUCAACCCUAGAUACUUACCAGAUUUUACCUUGGGACUGUGAAGAAUGUAUUAUAUGUAUUAAACAUGUAUGUGUACAUAUGGUCAUUAAUCUAUUCAAUACUAUGUCCCUCAAGACCUUAGCAGAAUCAUUUUAUUCCUAAAUUGUAGUAAGUUUUAAUUUUAUUUCAUUUUUAUUUUUUGCAUGUGUGUCUGUCAGUAUUGUUUUUGUAGUCACUCCUGGGUGAAUCCUAACUUGAGAUAGAUUUCCACAACAUUGCAGAUACUGCAUAAACACAAGUGUUUCUUGUCACAUGCUAUUUAUUUAACUGUGUUACAUAAUGCAUUCCUGCUGAAAUCAAAACCUUUAGAUGAGACAUUCUGUGUGGCAUUGCUUGAGAAAGCAUCUGGUACAAAACCAUUCCAAGCCCAUGCCACUGCAUUCAUUAUUAGCUUAAAUAGGGAUCACAGAUUACGCUCUCUGCUG